AUGGCCAAACGUUUAACAAUACUAUUCCUACCGAUCGGCGCCGCCGGACAUAUGAACGCCAGUAUAGGUAUGUCGGAGCCGUUGAUAGGGGCCGGACAUCGGGUUGUGUUCGCCACUGAGGACCGGUUUAAAACACUUCUGGAGCCGUUUGGCAUCGAAGUGGCCGUAAUGGCCGGCGAUGAACAUCAUCAUGACAAGUAUCAUAACCAACAUAACACCCAUAACCAUCAUGAUCAUCAUGACCAUCAUGGUGGUGGUGGCGAUGGACACGAGGGCGAUAGUGCGGCCAAACGCAACGCUCUUCGCAUGCUGUCCCUCGGCAUGUAUGAGGAGAUGUCGCCCAUUGAAAGGGAGCGCACAGUUAGCGCACACCUGGGCAGGCGAGUCGAUCAACAGAUCGCUCUGGACCGCAAUGUGGAGCCCGUUAUAAAGCAAAUUAAUCCCGAUCUUAUUGUUAUGGACCAACACUUCGCCAUACCCUAUGUCGAGGCCUGUGGUAUACCGUAUGUGUGGGUCCAGAGUAGCAAUCCGUUGGUAUUGACGGACGACGAGCGCACACCGCCUGCCUAUUCCGGUCUGUCCGUUGCGAGCGAUAAGAGUGAAUGGAAACGCUAUCGACAACAGAGGGCUGACAUCCAGAACCAGAACCGGGAGGCCUGGAGUCGACUCAACGACUACACUGUGAGCCGCGGCUGUGCGCCCAUCAGCCCUAACUUCAUUUACGAGUCCAAUGUAUCGCAAUGUCUGUGCGUUUACGGCUAUCCUCAAGAGUUGGAUUACCUCGAUGUCAGACCUUUGCCCCCGAAUUUCAUACGGUUUGAUAAUUUGAAGAGAAAUGAUAAGCACUCGACGUUUGAAUUGCCGGAUGUUUUGAAGCAAAAAUCGGACGAGAAAUUGAUAUACUUUUCAUUGGGAUCUAUGGGUGCGGCAAAUGUUGAUAAUAUGAAGAGAUUGGUCGCAAUUUUGGGUAAAUCCCGGCACCGAUUCAUUGUGUCCAAAGGGCCGCUUCACGACACCUAUACUCUGGCCGACAAUAUGUGGGGCGAAGAAACUGUACCGCAGAUACAAGUGUUACCAUUAGUUGAUUUAGUGAUAACACACGGCGGCAAUAAUUCUGUGACAGAGACCAUGUAUUUUGGGAAACCGAUGGUCGUUUUACCGAUUCAUUUUGACCAACUCGAUAACGGACAACAGAUCCAACACAAGGGUUUAGGCAUUACUUUAGACUUCUUCCGGUGCACUGAAGAGGAGUUGUUGGGAGCCGUCGACCGACUCUUGACUGAUAAGGCUUUGAAGGAAAAGUUGGCACAAAUUGGCGAAAGAAUACGAACUGAAAAUAGUUUAUCAAAAGUUCCCGAAAUAUUUGAGGAUUUUAUC